AGGAAUUCGCCAAGUUGGUCACCAAUCCGAAGCUGAAAUUCUGGAUGAGUCAGUUGGAGUUAGAGUACCAUGAUCUCAUGAGCCUCUUUGAAUUCUUGGACAACGGGGAUGGUGAGAUCACGUUGAGCGAAUUCAUCGAGGGAGCUGCAAAACUUCGAGGUCAAGCAAAAGCGCUCGACAUUUGGCGGACGGAGACGAAAGUGGAGGUUCUGUUUGAGGAAGUGCUCAGCAUGCUGCGCAGUCAUGCGCCACCCGUGGAAAUCCUUGAGAGCGAUGAAAUGAGUCCCCCUGUCACCAGGACCGCCAGUGUUCAAGAGAUCUUCUCGAACUCCGCCUUCAAGUACCUGGGGACUACAAAUCGGGUCCUUGAGAUCCCAGGCUUCAACAGCUACUUUUCUAGAGGUUUGAAGGCAACGUUAAGCAGUGGCGUGGGGGUUGGAGGGCCAGUAGACCCCAUGGUGAUGAUGGCGCAAAUGCUCCAACAAAUGCAUGUGGCCAACCAGAACACCAUGCAGCUGAUCCAACAGAAUCAGCAAGCAAUGGAGGCCAGAGACGCAGCGAUGAGGCAAGCUUUGGGCGUGCAGAGAGAAGAGACGACUGAGUCCGUGAGAGUGUUGAGUGAGUCCUUGGCAAAGCUGGCACCCAAGGACAAGUCAGGAGUGGUCGAUGUUAAAGGAGUCGGCAAACCUGAGGUGCUCCAAGGCGAGACAAAAGAGCAAAUAAAGCAGAAGUGGCCUCUAUGGUCAUUUGGUUUCACGACGUGGUUCGUAUCCCAAUACGAACAAGCAGAUGAGAUGUUGAAGUGGGCGGCAGCCUACAACGGAGUCGUGGAUGAUCGGGCGAUAGAGCUUGAAGUGGCCACCAGGCCAGGAUGGGAUGAUGCUGCUCGAGUGAACCGGCAGCUACACACGGCCUUGGUGUCCUUGACCAAGGGUGAGACUCUGUCUAUCCUACGCAAUUCGUUAGCCCAAAGUGGACUUGAUGGAUGGAGGCGACUUAGUCGAGAGUACGAGCCACAGACCGCGCAGUCCAACUACCACUUGUUGGCAAAAGUGUUGAGGCCUACAAAGGCCAAGGACUUGUCGAGCCUACGUGGAGCUAUCGAGACGUGGGAACGUCUCUACACUCAGUACCAAGAGAGGACCAGUGACGCGUUGAGCGAUCCCACUCGUCGCCUAUGCCUUCAGUCUUUGUGCCCUGACUCUCUAGCUGAACACCUGGACUUACACGCAAGCAGACUCGCGAGCUACGAUGCUAUGAGGGCUGAGAUCGACACGUACUUGGACAUCAAGACGUCGGUUCCCAUGCGCAAUCCGGACGCCAUGGAUGUUGAUGCCAUGGCCAAAGGAAAAGCCAAAGGCAAGCCUGGGAAAGGCAAAGGCGGUUCCCAAAGUGUUGGGCCUUGUCACGCGUGUGGCCGUUUCGGCCACCUCGCGAAGGACUGUUGGGACAGGACCGGAAAAGGCAAAGGAACUGGCGGAAAGAACGGAAAAGGCAAGAAGUCUGACGGCAAAGGCAAAGGGUCCUGGAAAGGAUCCAACAAAGGUAAAGAUUCCAAAGGCAAAGGAAAGCCUGGGAUUAAGUCUCUGGAAGGAGAGGCGCAGGACUCCAAAGAAAAGGGUGCUGAGGCUGAAAUCCAAGCGAUUUUCGUCCUGGAGGAGAGCAAGCCUAAGUCCGACGAGGAAUCCAGUAGAGGAAAGUCCACCGGUGAAGGCCGAGGAAAAGGAACUGGGUCAACCGAGGCGUUUAUCCGCUCUCUCCUUACCAACCUGAAGUCGGUGGAAGCGCGAGAGAUUCACCGAGCCAAAGUCGAGCUGAGCAAAGGAGGAUCCGACGAGGAUCGUCAACGGAAGUUGGAGGAGGAAAUCGCGGCAAGAAAGCAACAGCUUGAGGUCCUGAAAGGACGGAGUGCACGCUUCGAAGAAGAUCCACGGUACCGACAGGACAUCCGCGCUGGCCACAGCGUGCGGCUGUCCAAGCGAAAAUGGAAAAGCCGCGUGCGAGCGGCAAAGCACCGUGCGGAAGGGUCCACCGAAAGGGCCUUUGAAAGAAAGGAGCUUGACAACAAAUGGCACGCCAAGUUCCGCGGUUCGACCGAGGAUGUCGAGUGGAAAGCUGGAGUGGACACUCGCCGCCAACACCAGAUCGACCGAUACGGAGGUCGGUUCGAAGGAGACCGGGAGGACUUGCGGCCUGACUUGGUGAUGAGGGCUCUGAACUAUAAGGAGCGGAAGGAGUUCCGCCAGGAGGACGAUGAGCCUCUGGAAGAAGUCAAGGUUCGCAAUUGGUCCAGACCGCAAUGGAUGAAGCGCAACACAGCCGAGGCCAAGCACAAACACCUCAAGAGAACGGGUUGGAGACUCAGCCUGUUGCGGCAACGGAGCAAGGCUAAACGGGCGAAGUUAUGGAAGGAAGGUGCCCAUGUCCGCGCACGGAAAGGGUCGCUUCGACCGCUUCCGGCGGACAAAGGGUCCACGAAGAGAGAGCCAGACUUCGAGUUGCUCGCAGACCAGGCCUGGGCCAGAAAGAAGGCCAGGAUUGAGGAGCCGAACCUGGAAAACCUUGCAGACGUGGCUUGGUCCAGGAAGGAGAUCAAGACCCUGUCGCAAAAUCUUGAAUCGGCAGAAGACGACCAGGAAGCCGCUGAGAUCGAAGAGGAGAUCAGGGUGCAUGAGGCCAAAAUUGCAUCUUUGAUGCCGAGCAACGAGCAGAGAGACGAGCCACCAUCCACCGCAUGUGGGAGCCGAGACGUGCCCUGCAACGACUAUGAGGAGGUGGUUGUCGAAGAGGAGCCUGUGGUUGGACAACCCGACGUCUCUGAGGAUGACGAUGAGACUUGGGGGAAAUGGAAACCGAGUCAAUGCUUGGUGGACUUGGGGUUCUCCAAACAGGAGGCCCAUCAUUUGGUGCGCCACUACCGUGACGAGGGCUCCGUGGAGAGCCUUGAGAUCUUCAGCGUGGACGAGCCGGCAAUCGACGGCGAAUGGGAAAAGGUCUACGUCACUGUCGACAGUGGAGCUGCUGUUACUUGCUUUCCGGAAUCCCUGGUCCAAGGUUACCAAGUGGGUGAUCACUCUGGGCCAAAGCAGUAUACCAGUGCUUCAAACCACGAAGUGACGGCGUUGGGAAGCGCCAGCCCUGUGAUCUGCUUUGAAGAUUGGCAGGUCAACAAGGUCGAGGCUGUGGUGCUGUCCCCUCUGAAGAGGCCGUUGUUCAGCACCAGCCGAAUGGUUGCGGCCGGAUGGAGGAUUGUCCACGACAGUGAAGAGAACGGAGGAUCAUUUGCCUUGCAUCGGGCAAGUGGAAGGAAGUUGAAGAUGAUCGUCAUGGGCGGUGUCUACAAGAUGCCCGUUUGGGUUAAGCGCAAGCAGGUUUUCGGCCGGCGGGGAGACAUCCCGUAA